AAAAGUACGUAUUGCCGAAAAGAAAUUAGUUUUUUGGCGAGUAGUAAACGCAACGAGUUUUUGUAAUACGUGCAGGCGCCAUGAAUUCGUUACAGCAAAAGUUUCUGUAUUAUAGUAGACGAAAAUCGUUUCGAUACGGUGUUCCUUUUUUGCUGCUGAUUGUGGGCGGUUCAUUCGGCUUGCAACAAUUUGCACAGCUUAGGUACACUUUCUCCAAGAAAGGGUCCUUAACGAGGCAGGAAGCGGAAAAGUUUGGCAUUAACAUGAAGAAAAAGGAGGACGUCACUCUCGAAGGCGAGUACGAAAAGAUCAAGAAGCUAGAUAUUGAGCAUUGGGAUAACAUACGAGGGCCGCGACCAUGGGAGGAAACAACCUCAACCAGUGAGCAGCACUGAUGCAUAGAAGAACAGCCAAAGAGUCAUCAAACGCAUCCUUGCUACAACUGUGCUGAGAAAGUUAUAUUGUUUCCAUAAAAAAUACGUUUUAUUACCCCGGAAUUUAUUCAACGCUUUAUGUUUUUU